CAGAGAAAUGAUAUAUCACCUUCCAACAGAGUACUUGUGGACCCUCUCGCCGAAUUACAGAUUAAGACGCUUUACAAUUGUUGAUAAAAAUCAAACAAAAAGGAAUAAGGCCAAAAGAAAAAGAAAAAAGAAAAAAAAAGACACUUUACAAUUGCCAAUUUCUCAAAUUUUGUUAAUGCAAAAAAAUUGACUGUUUCUUGUUUACCUUUUUUUGGCCCCCGAGUUCUAUUUAUUGUUGCAUUGUUAAUCAGAUCUCAGAUAAUUUCUUCAAAAAAGUAGAUGCAUAUAUGCAUAAUACAAACAAAGCAGUUGCAUAAUUUUAUUCCACAUUUUUUUUUCCCCGUUUUUAUUAAUAAAUUAAUAGCAAUAAAUUCAACCACUUGUCAAAUUUGUCUGGAACCGUGAGGGGAUUGUUCAAAGGAAAGCUCUCUAUAUAUUCAACUACCAUUCUUUGCUUUAGCACCACUCAUUCUUAUUUUAUCACCAUUACUUCUACUACUUAAGCGCCUCCAUUUUCUUCCUCAAUACGGACUCCCCUCAUUGGCUAUUCAAUCACUUCUCCAAAAUGGCUGACUUAGAAGGCUCUUCUACAAAUAAGACGCAAGCAGACUCGAGAGCAGAGGAAAUAAGUGAAGAAUCAAAGCUUCAGUUCUCAAAAGACGAGGAAACACUAAUCAAAAGGAUGUAUAAUCUAGUUGGAGAGAGGUGGGCUAUCAUCGCUGGAAGGAUCCCUGGACGGACAGCCGAGGAGAUCAAGAAGUACUUGACGUCUACAUACCCAUCAACAACUCAACCAAAAGUUGAAUAAAAGAAAAUCAUGGGUGUUUUCUUGAAAUAUUUGGGUAAAUUAUACGUACCUCUUUUAUUACUUUUUGGCAAAUUCUGCACUUAUAUUCUCUCUAGGCAGCAAAAUUUCACUAGAGACAAAUCCUAGUCAAUUGAUCAGAGAGAUCUAUUGCAGAAUUUAUCAAAUUAUAUAUAUAUAGAUAUAUACACACUUAUGUAUGUAUUAAAUUAAGAUUUAAAUUUAUCCAAAUGUUUUAAGAUGGAAGGCAAUUGGUUCCACGUUUUUCAUCUGUUGUUAUCGCAUCGUUGGCGUUGAGCUGGAGUUAGAUGCCUGGUUUAUCAUGCGUAUUGUACUCAUGCGUACUGGUUUCGCUGUACAAAGUACUUUUUGGUAAUCUGAUCGGAUCAUUUUGUUAUUUGGUCAAUGGUAGUUGCAUUUAUAGCACAAAAAAUGAUCUGAUCUAAACAUUAUAUACGUGUCCUUGCGUCAGCUUAUGUUUCUCUAUCCAUAACGUUAUCGGAAUAUUUUCUUAUUUUAUC